AUGUCUCAGUCCAAUCCUCCAGAUGGCAGAUCCUCUGAUGUUGUGCAAGCCAAAAGCUGGGACCGAGAAGAAUACGCCAAAAAGGCCGCCGACGAUGAAGCCAAGCGCAAAGCCGAAGGCAAAGCCCGCUACGAAGCCAAACUGCUCGGCAAGAAAUAUCAUGCGCCCGUCGACUACGAUUCGCUAGAGGCGACAACCGCCCGCAAAGAGCGACUAAAUGUGUCGUCGAUGGUCGGCAAGACGACGAUUGUGCCUGCGGGCGCGUCGAUGGGGAAGAAGGGAAAAGGCGCUGGAUUCUACUGCACGGACUGUGACCUCACCUUCAAGGAUAAUAUUCAGUUUGUGGAGCAUCUGAAUAGCAAGCAGCAUUUGAUUGCGACGGGCCAGAGCGGUGAUGUUGUUCGCGCUGGUGUUACUGAGGUGCGGGAUCGGUUGCGGAUGCUGUCGCAUCGGAAGAGAGUUAGGGAUGAGGAGGAGCGCAGGGCGUGGCAGUUGGAUCUUGGGGCGAGACUUAAAGAGCGGGAGGAACAGGAUGCGAAGGAGCGAGAAGAGAAGAGACGCAGGAGAAAUGAGAAGCGGAGAAAGGGUGGUGUUAAGCAAGAAGAUAGCUGGGAAGGGCGAUUGGGCAUUAUUGCCUAA